AUGUUCUCCUCUCCCAUGGUCGCUCUCGCUGCCGUGGUGGGUUCUGCCGUCGCCCUUCCACAAUUCACUUCAGGCACCUGCACACCCGAGCGAAGAAUCGCCAUUGCCAAACAGAUCCCAUACGCAUACUCGCAAGACGGCGUGGUCGCUGUUUAUGAAGCGUUUCAUGACAUCCCUUUCGGUGUCGGAAAUCUUGAUGGACCUUGCGUGACUGAAAUUUAUCCCAACGGAGGUGGUCCAGUCCUCGUGGGCGUUACGGGUCAGGGCGUCGUCAACUUUGGCACGGAAACUCGCCAGGCCUUUUCUUCUGUCACUGGUCGAUACGUUGACUUUCCACACAAUGGCACCACCGUCAUCUACACUGAACCCACCGACAUCUACAAGCUGCUGCCCAUCCCAAAGAUCCCAAGCAUCAUCUGA